CCAACCACCACGCCCCAGGCUGGCUGCCUCUGCUGCUGCCAUCGACGGCACCCCCAUCUCAACCUGCUCACCCUCCUCAACCGCCGAUACUGCGCCUGCGACCGCCCCACGCCGCCCGCCCACCGCAAUGUCCCCCCCGUGGCCAUAGCCCGCCCACUCUCCGACGUCUCCAGUUUCACCCUCUGCGAUUGACCGACAACCUGCCGCUCGACCAUGGCCCAGCCGCCAUCCCGCGCCCAGCGCGCUCCCGGCAGCUUCUCCCCGAUGCCCGGCAGCUUCUCGUCCUCUGCCGCCGCCGCCGCCGCCGCCUCCUCCGCCUCCUCCCUGUCCUCCUCCUCGGCCGUCGCCACCGGCAACGGCACCGGCCCGCCUGCCUCCCGCCCUGGCAUCCGCCGCAUCGACACAUCGUCCAGCGAGGACAGCUCCAGCAUCUACCAGCCCAAGACGCGCACCCCGCAGACUCCCAUCAACGUCACCAGCCCCGGCGGCUUCCCCUUCGGCCAGCACCACAACUCGAGCUCCUCCAGCCUCCACAACUUCUCCCGCCCCGUCCGCCCCAGCGACAGCCCGGCCGCCGCUCGCAACGCCUCUCCCCUCGCGCCCCCGGGCACUCGUGGCCACAGCCGCAAGCACUCGCACUCCCAGGGCCACUUCGAGCCCUUCCUCCCCUCCACCAGCAUGUCCAACCUCUCCCAGAUCAGCAUGCCUCCGCCAGCGUCCACCACGGCCCUCUCGGCCAGCCAGAUUGCCGCCCAGGCCGCCAUGCAGAUCCAGCAGCCCCAGAAUCUCCAGCACCAACAGGUCCCGAUACUUCAGCACCCCGUCAGUCGUGCCGAGCAGCAGCACCAGGCGCAGCAACAACAGAGCCGCAGCAGGUCACAGACCGUCCCGUUCCCCGGAAACGAAGCAAGCGAGCCCCCACGACGGCAGCCCCCUCCGAAGCUGACACCGCCCGUGCUCAGCCUGACCGAGGCCAGCGUCCCUCGCGACCACGCUUUCGGCGCAGACCAGGUCUAUCGCAACGGGCUCCUGGGCAGCCAGUCCGCCAACGCCACGGCCGCGGCUAGCACUGUCUUUCCCAAAUCUCCUGUGACGUCCCCUAGCUUUCCAGACCAGCCUCCACCACUCCCAGACAAGCCUGCCAAGUUGGAGAAAUCCAAGGUCAAGCUGUUCUCGCGGCCCAAGAAGAUCGAGACCAAGAGCGACACCAGAGAGAAGCCGCUGCCCAGCCCGGGCAAGAUCGGGUCAGCCCUCGCCUCGCUGCAGCGAGGGAACUACAGCACGACCAGUCUCGCAGACCCAUCACCCUCUUUCUACAACCUGGCCAACUCGUCCUCAGCGACGAUACGGGCAGUGGAGAGCACAGACAAGGAGAAGGAGAAGAAGCCGCACUUUCUCUCACGUCAGAAGCACAAGCUCACGUCCAAGGACGACUACCACCUGCCGCUGUCAUCCGCGGCGAGCAAUUCGCGGCCGGUAGAUCCCAAUGCGCCGGCCCCUUUGUACAAUUUCAACCUUCCGCCCAGCCCCGGCCUCAACUCCAAUUUCAGCAAGAGCGUUAGUGGCUUGGAUUUGCGGCAUGGAGGAAGGGCACUUCGAGAGAAGAGAAAAGAAGACAAGCUUGAAACGCGGCAAGACAACGAGUCGUCAUUCAAUGUUGGUGGCAGCAACGACUGGGCGGGUCCCAGUAGCCUAGGCACAAUCACUCCGUCGUUCUUUGACAGCGUGGACGGCACAAAAUACGGGCUCAACAACAUGUCAAUCGAUGACGCGUGGCCAUACCUGAGGGCUAAGCUGCUGUCCAUCUUUGAGGGCGAGGACUUGCGGAUAACCAUCGAGGACCUCAAUCGCGUGGUCACGAUGCACAUUCAGUACUGCAUCGUGCGGCGAUCGGCGUACAUCAUCAUUGACGACCUGCGAGAUCUACUGUCGACGGGCUUCUCGUCACUGGACCACACACUACGCAAGACUCCCGAGGACCGCCUCAUCCCGGCCCUGGUGGAGCUGUGGCUGUUCACCUUCACCAGCAUCCUCCCAUACCUGCAAGCUGUGUUCUUGCCAUUGGACCUCGAGUUCCAAGGAUGCGGUCCGCUACUGAAUGGAGACCAGGCUCGCGACUUCUGGGGUGGCGUUCUGGCGGCGUCUCCAGCUCCAGGCUCACAACCGAGCUACGAGCCGGCCUCGAGCGUGCUUGAUGUGCGCCGGCUUGUGCUUACAGCAUACCGCGACAAGGUCAUCCUUCCACGCUAUGACAAGCUCAAGACGAUAUUCUCAAGAUUGUCCCUCGAGCACCUGCCUUCUUCCUUCGGGUCGCUUGGCCUGCAACAGCCGCCACCUCUCCACGACGGUAUGGGGUCCUUGUCAAGCUCUCCCAGCGACUACUAUGGGGCACGUCCGGGCACGGCCAUGUCAUUAGAUCCGUCGAACGGGAGUUACAACUCGUCGUCCACAACCCUGUUUGGUGAAGGUUCAAACCCGUCGCGGAGCCGAGCAAUCAGCAACGUCUCGUAUGCGAGUGGUGGUUCCGACCCAAUGUCUGUGGGCGGAAGCGGUGGUGCUUCACACAGACCUUUCACACCACAAGCUGGAGCUGGCAUCACACUAGGCAGCCUACGCGAACAAAAUGUCGAGGACAGCAAGCAAAUCACCGAGAUGGUCGGUCGGAUGCUGCAGUGCAUGAGCGUGCUCGCAAGCGUGGGCAACAGUCCGGGCAGCAACACCCUCGCGGAUCCAUCCCUGCUCUCCACCCUGUCGGGCGCGGACGAGGGCAGCAAGAUGAUGUCUGAGCUCGGCCGGCUGCUCAAGCUCAACUGGCUCGGGCGCGGACGCACGGGACGCAACAGGCGGGGCAUGGUGGGCGGACGCGUUAAGCGCUCGUUCCUUGCGCUUAUCGUCGAUUGCUCGGGCUACAGCCUAUCUAGGCGGGCAAAGACGGUGGAAGUGGACUUGGCAGUUCAGGCAGGUCAGGUUGUGACUUCUGUGGUUUUCUUUCCAUGGGUUGCUACUAAUGCGCGACGCGACCGAAAGCAUACCGAUCAAGGACUGAAGCUCCUGCUUCUCGAGUGUGCACUGCACCGCAAUUUCAUUGGCAUAUGAAUGGGUCAAGGUAUUUCUUUUGCCUGUCCCCAAGCACCACCACGAAAGGGGAGUUUGAGUCCUCAUCGUGGGGGGUGGGUAGGUACGUGUGACCCCAUCCCGUGGCAGGCGCGCUGAAAAAUGUGCGUGCUUUGGUUUUCCCCCGGGGAGCACGAGGGGAUGCUGAAUACACGAUACCGGUACCGGAAAGAGAGAG